ACACGUCAAAAACACGGCAGACAUAUUCGAAUUGAAUGAAAUACCGAGAAAAAGACAGAAAUACGAAAGAACCAAUCCGCCGAUACGUCAGUGGACCAAUACCGCUUGACGCGUCCGUCCGAUAAUAGGUGGCGUCUUGAAACAAUUAACUCGUCCUCCCUGAUCAUCAUUUGAUUAAUCUAGAAAUUGUUAUUGGGUGGUGUUGUGUCGUUUUUCUAAAUCAGGUAAUAAUUCUCAGUAUUAUUUCUCAAAAAUUUCUAAAUACCGAACAAUAAUAUUAAAAUAAGUUUUUGAAUAAUUUGAGGGCUAUUGCUUCGUGCAGGAAUCUGUUGUACGACCGCUGUUGUCAUAACGAAUUUCCUCUUUUGACAAGCUAACGUCCAUUCUUUACAAGAUGGCACCGCGUCGCAGUUACAUCGUUUUUGCCGUGGUCUGCUAAAAUUCAAAUUUGAUUUAUAAUCUUUGCUUCUCAGUUGUAGUUUAAAUAGUUUUGUUUGAUAAUGGAGCGAGUCAGUUCUGAUGGAUCUGAGAGAGGAGUACCCGGUCUAAGAUGGGACGCAGUUUCCGCCAUAAAUCCUAGAGAAACUCAGUUACGUUCGGUGGUUAUAGACCUAAUAAAAUCGUACAAGAAUGUAGUUGACAUUUACUCACAGCCUACACAGGAUUAUACAAAACUUAAAUUAUUGAUAGAAACAUGUAUUGACGCAACAUACAAAGUCGAAACGAACGGAAACAGUAGAUCUGUUAAGGAUGAUAUAACACAAAUUCGCUUCUCCUUAAAAAAAAUUUUGGCAAAAGUUAUUAGUGCGACCAACGAGAGGCUCCUUAAUAAAAACAUAGAAUCAACAUCAAUUGUUCUAUCAGAUUAUAUAGUGAAGCCCAACAAAGUAACGUUUCAAUGUCUUGGCGGCUUAGAAGAAGCAAAGUCAAUUUUGACUACAAUUGUUCUUCUGCCCAAGAACCAACCACAAUUGUUUCUUGACAGGAAACUGAUGAAUGCAGUUUUACUCUUUGGUCCUCCAGGUACAGGUAAAACUAAAUUAGCAUAUGCCGCAGCUGGAGAGGCACAUUGUCCACUUUACACAAUUUCAUCUGCUGAUCUAUUAUCUGCUUAUAUUGGUGUGACUGAAAAGAAAUUGAAGGACUUAUUCACUGCCAUAAAAACUCAGAAAAAGUUUUCUAUUUUAUUUAUUGAUGAAAUAGACGGGCUAUUAAGACACAGAGAUUCUAAGGAGCAGGAAUACAGCAGAAGAUUAAAAACCGAAUUCAUGUGUGAGUUAAACAAAAUGGAAGAUUGUAAGAACACCAUUUUAAUAUGCGCAACAAAUUGUCCAUGGGAUUUGGAUACUGCCAUUUUAAGGCGCUUUCAAAAGAAAAUAUACAUCGCGCUUCCCACUAGAGAGGAGAGAAUUGAACAUAUGCGGCUGCAUCUCAAAAAUGCUGACAUUCGCCUUAUCGAUUCGCAGUGGGACUCGGUCUUGGAUGAGACUGAAUACUUUUCCGGAUCAGAUAUUCAGAAUUUGGUUCAAAGCGCCCUACAUAUCCCUUUAAAUGAACUAGUGAAUGUGUGCCUAUGGAGACAAUGCCCAGACGGAUUUUAUGAACCGGCUACUGAUCAAUUUAAUAAUAAUAAUGUAAUGUCGUACCUGUCUCAACUUCCUCCAAAUAAAGUAAGAUGCAGGAAGGUUACUGGAAAGGAUUUCAUGGAUGCCUUGAAUAAGGCGAAUGUUAAAAAAAAGCCGGAAAACUUAAAAAUGUAUGAAGAUUUUGCCUCAAAGUUAAUGUAAAUUGGAAUAAGCAUUGUUUGCAAUAUGUAAUACAUUAAAAUUGUAUUUAGGUUUAUUUAAAUGUAUUAUAUAUAUGCACAUGUUACAUUUUUAGAAUUAUA